UCUUCCUUUCUUUUCCCAAGAUCCUGAAACUUGGAUUCAUAACCUUGCAGAGGUUAUAAGGAAAGGACAUAUAACCUUAAAACUAGGGAUAACAUUUAGGAGAAAUCUUGAUAAGUAGCCCCAAUCAUGACACCUAUUUUGGGAAGUCUCCUCCCCUCCCUCUUCCCCCUAACUGGACAGUGAUUUUGCAAGCAAUUGCAGAGGCCCUGAACUAGACCGCCCCAGUGUGGAUAGAGAUUUUACUGGAGUGUUCUUCCCGGUUUCCUGUCCCACCUACUUUUGUAUAAAAUCUCUACCCCAGGAAAGCUCGGAAGGAAGAACCAGUGAGCAGUAGCUGAGCAGACACUAUGUCCUCCUAUAACACAGAGCCUGGCCAAAGCUUGGCUGCCUGUGGUCUGAGUAGCUCUCUAGUCAUGCAGCUGCUGCUGUUUCUUCUGCUGUUCUCUUCUUCUGGCCAAGCACUUCUUCAGUGUCCCAAGGCCUGCAACUGUACCUUGAAAGUCAAUGGCACAUCAGCCACGUGUGGCCCUCUGGAUAGCUUCCCCAUGGGCCUUCCUGUGGAUACUACUUUUGUCUCUGUAGAAAAUACCAACCUCUCACAGCUCUCAAGUGAUGCCCUCAGGGGUCUCUCCAAUCUCCAGGAAUUGCACCUUUCGGGCAACAGGAUUGAUAAUCUAAACUCUGGGCUUCUGAAAUCCACACCCAACCUUGAGGUGCUGGACCUGACAUAUAACACCUUGUCUGAGCUACCCAGUGGACUCUUCAGAAAUUCGACAGUCCUCCACUCCUUGGUGCUGAAAGGAAACAGACUAGAGACUCUCAAAGUGGACUGGCUGGAAGGACUGGUGGCCUUGAAGUGGUUGGAUGUGUCUGAAAACCGGAUCCAAAGACUGCCCUCAGAUCUGCUCUUCAACUUUAGUGCCCUGCAGCUCCUGGAUCUAUCUGAUAAUAUGUUGCUGGAGCUGCCCCCCAAUCUCCUGAAGGGCCUCCCCAACCUCGAAAGACUUCAUCUGCAGGGCAACCAGCUCCAGACUCUGGCCGAGGGCACCUUUUCUGCUACACCCUGUCUGCAUUACCUUUUCCUCCAGGGAAACCAAUUAAAUAAGCUGUCUUCCGGCAUUUUCAGCUCCUUGGGUAAGCUGGAUAUGCUUGAUCUCUCCAACAAUUCGCUGGCACAGGUCCCCAGUGGGCUAUUGGAUAAGGUGGGCCCGAUGAAGGAUGGAUUUGAUCUCUCAGAGAAUCCUUGGAAAUGUGAUGAGGGGUUAUGUGGUCUCUACCACUGGAUUUUGAAUAAGCAGGACAGAAUGUUCUUCAAGCAUAAUACCCUCUGUAGUAGCCCCGAAAACCAAGCAGGCCAGGAGCUCCUGGAAGUGGCUAAGAAAAAAGUCUGUCCGGAGUAACAGGUCCUGUAGGACACAACAUGGGGCUCAACCUUCUCAGCUUUGCUCUAUGCACAUCCCCCUACACGCUCAACAAUCUGAACUCAUAGUGCAGCACCAACCAAGCAAAGUUUUUCCAAAUAUUCUCCCCUUGCCCACAGCCCCUGGGCCCUUGAGCCUGACUGACUCAGCAUCCCCAUAGCCCAGUUUCCCCCUCCCCCAAAGCUUCCUUCUCUAUCCCAAACAAGUAUUCCCUCCGUAUUGAUGGAGCAUCUCUAGCUUGGCACUUCAAAGCCCUCUCACAGUCAGCAGGAUUGCUCUCCCCUUCCAUUUUAAUAGGAGAUGUAAGCUGUCAUAGGAAAUAAGUCAAAUUAAGAAUCCAAACAGAGAUACAGGAAGAUUAAUGAGGGAUGGUUCUUACUCAUUUGGUCAUUUGUGUUUUUAAGGAGAUGGUAUCUCCAUGGAAACAUUUGGCCCAAAUGUACUCAACUGUUUUUAGGUAUUAGGAGUCAUAUGGGCUAUUUUCAGAGAGCUGGGUUUUUAUGCAAUUAGAUUGUGAACUUCUUGAGGGCAAGGUCUUGCCACAUUUUGUGUCCCCAGCACUUAGCUUGGUACCUGGUACAUAACAGAUGUUUAAUAACUUUCUAACAGAGUUGUUCCAAAGCAGAAUGAGCCAUCUUGAAUGUUAGGGUGUUCCAUCAUAAGAGAUCUAGCAAAAACUGAAUGAUCACUUGCCUAAUUAGUUUCCUGUCUUCUAGUUCCUCUCCUCUCCAAGGGGAGGAUGCUGAACAGACAGAUGCUAAAAUAAUCUUACUAACAUUCACUUCUGACAUUAUCA